UCCCAUAAGCAGGGCCUACCGGUGCAAUCAGCAUAUGGAAAUGCAGUGGAUGCUUAUACGUGGAUAUGUGUAAGCAGUGUUGAAAUUGGUCUCCAGAUUUAUCCAUUUUUUCAUUUCUCCAGGUCUAUAUUGAGUCUCUAAGAUGAAGCAGGUUGUUCCAGUGGAGUACCGACGCUUGCGGGUAGCAACGUGGUGUCUAAUUUUACUCUGUGCAGUUGUCCGAGGCGGAAAUGAAAAUGACACUGCCCCAUAUACGAAAGAGCGCGCCACAUUCAUGGGUGGCACGCAGACCUUUGAGCUACCAGAUGGAGAGGAGUUCUGUUUCUACCAAGAGUUCAAGGAAACCGCGAAAUGGCUCUUCGCCUUUCGUGUGGUCCGCGGCGGCAACAACGACGUGGACAUUGAGGUGAAAAACAUGGGGACGAAAGCCAUUGAAUAUCAGAUGAAGAAGAAACACUACGACCAUUCAGAGAUUACCAUCAAAAAGGGAUUAUUUUCAUUUUGCUUCAGCAAUAAGUUCUCAAGCUUCUCGCAUAAGUCUGUGUUCUUCAUUCUGACGCCUGUCCACCCUGAACCCCUGGAGUCUGAGGCUGGAAAAAAACCUGUCCCCAAGGCGCAGACACUGAUUGAGACGAUUCUUGGUGAAAUCCAUGAACAUCUUUCAGACAUCGCGGAAUCCCAAACGGAACAUAAGGCGCAAGUCUAUGAGGGUAUUUGGGUUGCAUUUGACUUGAAUUCAAAAGUAAACUAUAUGUCUGUUACAAUUCUUGUCUGCAUUGUGGUCAUAGGAUUUGGACAGGUUUACCUUUUGAGGAGAUUGUUUAAUACGCCGAAAAGCUCCACCAUCAAACCAGCCACCAAUGUUUUUGUGUCUCCAAUGUGAGGAGGAAGCGAUCUCAUCACUACCCAUUGAUCUGCAGGGGAUCAGUCCGUCGUUUUUAUGAAAGCAUGUGUCUUCAAACAAAGAAACGGUUUUUUGGACGGACAUUUUAUCUUGAAGUCUAUUCGGGGAGGAGUUUUGACCAUGGAGGAGAUAAGGCCCAAUCCUAUCAUCCCGAAUCGUCUGUGGCACAUGGCCAGGUAUAACGAAAGGAACUUUCAUUCAUAUUUUCAUCCUAUUCAGAGAGAGUAAAGUACACUUUUUUGGAUUGGAGAAGGGCAUGGUAAUGGUGACAGGAUUUGAAUUUAGCAACUGAUUAGUGCAAUCACCACAAAAAAAUGUCAUCCAUCAAAGUCGUCAGCUCAGUCAUCAUGGAUAACUGAACGAUACUCUCACUGUGGCCGCUCAGUUAAUUGAUCCGUUGUCUUGCUUAAUCAUGUUAAUAUGAGGACGGCUCCCUUAAUUGAGUGGUCACAUUAUGCCUUGUUACAUGACCUUUCUGCUAGAGUGUCAUAUUUUUGUGUUACUGUACAUUGUUGGUCUAGGUAUUUUAUUUGUGGCAUUGUACACAGUGUAAUGUCAUUUUGUUAAUAGUAUAUUACAUUGUAUCCAUACAUAUUAGGCGUGUAGCUGAUUAAUUAGUUUAUAAUUUUAUUCUCUAUGAGGUUAAAUUAGCUUUCACACCGGGUAAUGUUAUAUUUAUGGACACCAACCUCUACCUGCAUGUAGGCCUACUGGAUAUCUAAAGUUGAUAUGUCAUUGUAGCACCUGGUGUAAAAGUCUAUAAUAGCAAGAAUAGAUAAAGAGUAGUCUUUAUUUGUUCUUGAUAAUGAUGUUCUCCAGACGCAGUGGACCGGCCUCGUCCAAUAAGAGGAGGAAAGACGAUCAGGAUGGCGAAAUGGAGUGCACAGGAGUCUCGAUUGUCUGGACUGUAUCGUCUUUAUUCUGCCUCCUGCCAAUGUAUGUCUUGUGCUUCUUCAUUAUUCCUGUAUUUCAUGUGUGGAGGCAUUGUCAUUGCCAGCUGUUUAAGGUAAUAUUUUGUUAUAGAUCUAUACAAACAUUAAUGGCAGGUGAUGCGGUAGAGUGUCACCACGUCAGUCACUACAGGGUGUCCCAAAAACGGUUAUCCAAAUCAAAAAUGCAUAUCUUUGCUCCCGGGUUUUUGUACACUCUUUCAGUUAUUGCAGACGUAUACGGAUUUUCAUGGUUAUUGUGCACGUAUAGGGAAUAUUUUUAUUGAAACAUACAAAAAAGGCCAUUAUUGCAGUGCUGUAAAGGUUGUACGCAUCAAUAAGUAUUAUAAAGAUUU